AUGGCCACUUCAGCUACAACAACGACACAAUCAACGACCUCAACACAAUCGAUUAUGCUAUCAGCACAUCCGCUAUCAACCCUCAGAAGGAAACUCCCCAAUGAGAGUCUGGACAACAAAAUAAUGAUCAAAAUAACAUCCGAAGAAGAAAGUAUAAAUGGAUCAAACGUUGUCGACACAAAUAGCUGCAAAGGAGACAAACCCGAAGAACCUUCUCAACAACCACAGCCGCCGCAACGAAAGAGGCCGGGCCGCAAGCCGAACCCAGCUUCACCAGCAUUACGGAAAGCUCAAAACAGAGCCGCACAACGUGCGUUCCGUGAGCGCAAAGAAAGACAUUUGUGUGAUUUGGAAAAUACUAUCAAGGCGCUCCGUGAAAGUCAAUACGAGUCAUCGAUUGAAUACCAAAAAGAAAUCCAGCGUCACCGCUCGUUGAUCGAGUCACUCGAGACAGAACUCUUUUACCACAAAAAACUCGCGUUAGCCUUCGAGUUUGCUUUAAAUAGUAUGAACGGGAACACCGAUGCGACCACCAAAAUCAAGAGUUCGAUCCAGAUGCAACUUCCUGGACCAGCCCUUCUUCACGGCAUGGCAACAAUGACUAACAGCGCAAUGUACAAUCUCGCACAAUCCAAUUCAAACUCUUCCUAUAGCGUAGCACACCAGCAAAUACAAGCAGAUACGAUCAAUAUGCUACCUUCUCCCUCUAAUAGUUCUGCACUUCUCUCACCGAUAAGCACGCCCCCGACUCCGCCUGUUUUAGGUGUAGCUGAAUUUGGCACGCCCACUCAUCUUACGCUCGGAGAGGGUCAUGGUGGAGAAUUCGAAGUACCGGAUGCUAAAACGAUUAGUCAAACGUUACAGGCUGCUGAUGGGUUUAAUUCGGUCAUCAUAUCCAAACCUUCCUACCCGGCUGCGAGCCCAGUGGAUGGGAACACUGGAAUGAUAUUCUACAAUGGCAUGUUUCAUUCAAAUUAUACGGCAAUGCUUGAGGAUCCUCAGAACAUUUACAACUCGUCAGCUUCACUUCAGCUUCUUCAGUAG